AAGAGGUGUGUCUACUUUUUGUAAAGAAGGCAAGAUGUCGGUUGAUCUGAACAGAAACGGUGCGGCUCUUAAAGAAGCUUAUGAUGCGGUUAUUGAUGACAAAUCAGAUACUACCUGGGCAGUUUUUGGUUACAUGGGAAAGACUAAUGAGCUGAAAGUGGUAGAAACAGGAGAUGGCGAUAUUGAAGAAGCUGUUGAAGAGCUAAGUGGUGGUCAAGUGAUGUAUGCUUUCAUCAGAGUCAUUGAUCCAAACACUCAACUACCUAAAUACGUCCUUAUCAAUUGGAUUGGUGAUGGGGUACCCACAUCACGUAAAGGGGUUUGUUCUCGCCACGUCACUGAUGUCGCAAGGUUUCUAAGAGGAGCUCACGUUACUAUUAAUGCUCGUCAUGAAGAUGAUGUGGAGAGUGACAUUAUUCUUGAUAAAGUGUCCAAGUCCUCAGGUGCCAAUUUCAGUUUCCAUAAGGAAAAAGCUAAACCCAUUGAAGCCCAAGGAGAAGUUGGGUCGGUCUAUAAGAGAGCUAAUCCUCAGAAGGAGAUCAGCACUAAAUCAAGGGAUGAGUUUUGGAGCAAACAAGAGAGAGAAGAGGAGAAACGUGUUGCAGAAGAAAAGAGACUCACGGCUGAGGCCAGGAAGCAGGAAGAAGUUGAGAGGAGAGAGCGUGAAAUUGCUGAUCAAAGGCGUCGUGAUGAAAUCACUGGAAAGAAAGCUUCAGAAAUUGCCGAACAAAAGAAGCAAGAGCAAGAGAGAGAAAGGAAAGAAAGAGAAGACACUGAAGCUCAGCUACAAAGUCGACUUAAAGAACGUGAACACCGAGUGGAUUCUGAAUUAGAAAAGGAGAAGACACAAAGCCAGCGACAGAAGGCUCAGGAUAAGAGUGUUAGUUCUGGUGUAAGAGACAAGUUGGCUGGGUUUGAACAGAAAGCUGAAGAGCAGAGAAGAGUGCCACCACGUCCAGCACCAAAACGUGUUGCUAAACCACCUCCACGUGUUCCAGAACCAGAGCCUGAACCAGAACCAGAGCCUGAACCGGAGCCAGAACCUCAAUAUGAGCCUGAACCAGAACCAGAGCCAGAGCCUCAAUACGAACCAGAACCAGAGUAUGAGCCUGAACCGGAACCAGAACCAGAGCCUCAGUAUGAGCCGGAACCAGAGGAAAGUGAGCAGCUGUAUGACGAUGUGACUCAGCCUCCUCAAGAAGACGAGGGUAUGGAUCAGAUAUAUGAUGACGUCCAACAAGUUGAUACUGAUUAUGGACAGCUGGAGGAUGCUUAUGCUGAAGAGCCUCAGGAUCAGAUAUAUGAUGAUGUACAGGAGGCUCCUGGUCAAAGUGACGGCGUGACCGCUAAGACAUUGUACGAUUAUGAAGCAGAGGAUGAUACUGAGUUAUCGUUUGAUGUUGAUGAGAUUAUUACUGAUAUAGAGCAGAUUGAUGAUGGAUGGUGGAGGGGAACCAGACAGCUUGACGGGUCCAGUGGCUUAUUCCCUGCUAACUAUGUUGAACUGAUUUAAGAGGGAGAGGGAAGGUUUCUUGUAUUUAGUUUUGCGCUUGAUUUUUCUUAUUUUUAUGUAGAAACUAUUUUUUAUAUUUUAUGCUGUUUAUAUAGUUAGCGA